AUGCCCGACUUUCGAAGACAAAUUCAGGAGGACAUCCCUGACAUUCCUGACAUGGUUGGUGCAUCCGAUGCCAGCUGCACCGUUACAGCAUCUACUGCCGCAUGCGCUGGGGACUGUCCACAGGAAGGCGAGCAGAUGCCGUGUGGGAGUGACACAGAGCGGACAGAAGCGUCCAACCAUGCAGAGGCCACGGUAAGGACCGACGAGGCGACGCAGCAAGCUUCCAGCUCCAGCAGCGUGCCCUACAAGGAGUGUUACCUGUCUCCGCCUCUUGGCCCGGAAGUGCGAAACCAGUCGGACCUUGUGCCGAAGCAGGAGUGCAGGAAGAGUGUGCGCUUCGAUCUAGGUGACGACAUUCAGGAUGUUCAGGAGAGUGCUGCAGGAAAGCCCGAAGAGCCCAGAAAGGCCACCGAGCCAUUGGCUCGUCACGACGUGGGCUGUCUGGAAUGGCUCGAAGUCGCCCUUGAAGACAAGGAGAUUUUUGAUCCCUGCAAUGCCAAGAAGUUAGCCUCGGUCAUAGGCGGAGCUCAACAUGCAUAUGAAGCUGAUGGAAAUGUGGCAGCUAAGAAGGUGCUGGUGUUCAGCUUGCAGUGCCGCUUCUCCAAACGCUACCAGACAGCCGCAAGGGCCGUGGAGAAGUAUCUGCAGCAAUCACAGGAUUCUCCGUACGUCAGGUCGAUUGCCUUCAAGGAGCUUGGGCAGGUCAACUUCUUGAAGGGCGAUCUGGAUUCCGCAGAGAAGAGCUUCACCGAAGCCCUCCGCCUCAAGCGAUCCGUCUGUCGAGGUUCCAACAUGCAUGUCGCCAUCACACUUCACUCACUUGGCUUAGUCUUCUGGGAAAGAAGAGCCACAUCAACUGCGCAGAAGUAUUUUGCAGAGGCUCUCAGCAUGUGGCAAGCUAUCUAUGGAAGUCGUUCUGACCUGCGAGUUAGCGACACCCUCCGUUUGCUUGGUGCAGCGUAUAAGGAGCUGGGGAAACUUAAAGCUGCAGAAACGAACCUCAGAAAGUCCCUGAGCAUGUCCGGAAACCGCAAGUGCCCGGACGUCGCAUUCACUCUUGAAUGGCUUGGUGUGGUUUGCCAGAAAAGAGGCAAUCUGCCAGAUGCGGUAAAGCACCUGAAGCUGUGCCUGAGCAUGAGGCGGGGCCUUUACGGAGACGCAGCGCAGGAGGACGUGGCCCGAACCCUCGGGCACCUUGCAUCGAUCUGGUGCGAGACCGGCAACCCAAAAGCUGCGGAGAAGGACGGGAAGGAGUCCCUCGGCAUGAUGCGAGCGAUCCAUGGCGAUGCUGCCCAUGCUGAGGUCGCCCAAGCUCUACAUGAGCUUGGCAACGUCUUUCAGUGCGAGGGUGAUCUCAACGCCGCGGAGCAGAAUCUUGAAGAGGCCCUGAGCAUGAAGAGGGCUGUGUAUGGAGACGCUGCGCACGAGCAAGUCGCCAAGACUCUUCAUGAGCUUGGCACGGUGCGUAGGAACAUGGGCCUGUUCAAGGCGGCGGAGGGCAACUUGGCAGAGUGCCUGGCGAUGAGGCGGACCCUGCAUACGGCUGCGGACGAGGAAAUCGCCAUGACGCUUCACUCGCUUGGAAAAGUCUUCUGGCAGCUGGGCAAUCUGGAUUCUGCGGAGAAGAGCUUGACCGAAUCCCUUAGCAUGAUGUGGAAAGCAUUGCCAAAAGGUCGUGGUGAUUCCCUCAAGCACCUGAUUGCAGACGCGCAGAGUUCGCUCGGCAAAGUCUUCCUGCAAAGGGGAGAUCUGGAAGCGGCUGAGGCGAGCCUGACAGAAUCCCUCAGAAAGCAGCGGGCUCUCUAUGGAGAUGGUGCGCAUUUAGAGGCUGCCUUCCUGCUUCACAGGCUCGGGUUAGCUGUGAAGGAGAAGGACGCUGAAGGCGCCGAGAAGGAUGCAGACGGGCGCGGUUGCAGGGUCAUCUUCCUCAGUGUCGCCGGGACCCUCCACGAUCUUGGCAAAGUGUGCGCGGAGAAGGGCGACUUGGAAGGGGCCGAGAAGAACCUCUCGGAGUCCCUGAGCAUGAAGCAGGCCGUCUUUGGAACGGCUGGGUAUUACCAUGUCGCCGACACCCUCCAUGAGUUGGAGCAAGUUCGUGAGCGCAAGAGACACUCUGAAACCGAGCUUCCCGUCAUUUGCUCCACGGGACACACCGAUGAGAAGGACGAGCUGGACCGCAGUUCGAAGGUACUUGAACGGGUCGCCGACACCCUCCAUGAGUUGGAGCAAGUUCGUGAGCGCAAGGGACACUCUGAAACCGAGCUUCCCGUCAACUGCUCCACGGGACACGCCGAUGAGAAGGACGAGCUGGACCGCAGUUCGAAGGUACCUGAAGAAGUCGCCGGCACCCUCCCUGAUCUUGGGAAAGUUGAUGGGCAGAAGGUUGAUUCGGAAGCGACGGAGAAGCUCAAAGAGGCCCUUGGCAUUGGCACCUUCAAUCCGAACUGCACGCUCGACGGGAAAUUAUGGCUCAUGCGUCAGGUUUUGAGUGGAGCUCCUGUGUACCAGCAUGGGCACAAGGGAUACCCGGAAACGGAAUGCCCCUUCGCACGCUCAGCGGGACAUGGUGCCCACUUGAACUGGCACGUGAAACCUUACGGUGCGAGCUCACGAGGAGGAUGCUGA